AUGACAGAAACCCUCUCAGUCCUCCCUGUGGAAGAAGCAGUCCUCACAACGGCCCCAAAUGUCCCUCCAUCAAUAACGCGCGACUACCCCGUCCUCCUCCGCGUCCCUCUAACCUCAGCCACCAACCUCGCCCAACUAACAAGCCAAUACAAAUACGAACAAUGGAACUUCAACGGCACCGUCCCAGGCCCAUUCAUCCGCGCGCGCGUCGGUGACGUAGUCGAACUAUCCCUAACAAACCGCGACGACACAGGCAACCCGCACAACAUCGACUGCCACGCCUUCGAGGGCCCAGGGGGCGGUUCAGCCCUAACAACAACCGAAGAAGGCGAGACCAAAACCGCCAGAUUCAAAUUGCUCACGCCAGGGCUGUAUUUGUAUCACUGUGCUGCCGCACCGGUGCCCGUGCAUAUCGCUAAUGGGAUGUACGGGCUUAUGUACGUCCAGCCGGCAGAGGGCGAUUUGCCGCCUGUCGACCACGAGUACUAUGUCAUGCAAAGCGAGUUUUACCAUGAACCGCCGGAGAUAGAAGAUGACGGACGGCCGUCGAAGCAGGUGGAGUUUUCGUAUCCGAAUGCGCUCCGUGAAGAACCGAGUGCAGUUGUGUUUAAUGGGCAUGAGAGUGCGUUGACCAGGGAUAAGCCGUUGAAGGCUCGCGCGGGGGAAUCGGUGCGUGUCUUCUUCGGCAAUGCGGGUCCGAACUUGACGAGUUCGUUUCAUGUCAUUGGGUCGAAUUUUCAGAGGCUGUAUAGGGAUGGGGAUGUUGUGAGUAGUCCCGCGAGGUUUGUGCAGACGACCAGUGUCCCGCCUGGUGGUGCGACGAUUGUGGAUUUGCAGAUGUUUGUUCCGGGGACUUAUACGCUUGUUGAUCAUGCUAUCUUUCGUCUGGACAAGGGGGCUGUUGGGUAUUUGAAUGUUGCUGGCAAGCCUAGGCCUGAUAUCUACGGGAGUACGGAGCCGCCAGAGCCCUGUGUUGGUUGCAAGUUGCAUCCUUAA